GGCGUAUGAGGCGCGUAUAUAUACGCGCGUACAUAUACGCGCGUACGCGAGGAGUUCAAAAAAUUGAACUUUUUACGCUCAUACGCGCCGCAAUAGCCAAUCAGCGUUGAGCUUGACCCGACGUCACUGGCAGAGAGACGGAGAGGACAGAACCGCAAUGGAGGACCAAAACAUCAUCGUCGCUGUGUGCAGCCGUCCUGUCCUGUACAACACCAGGAUGGUGUCGUACCGGGACAGGAACAAGAAAGAGAGGGCGUGGGUCGACGUGGCCGAGGAUACUGGCUGUCCUGUGGACGUAUGUCGCAGGAGGUGGAAGUCGCUCAGGGACAGGUACUUACGACACAAAAAGAGUGAAAAGGAGGGUAAAAAGAGCGGGUCAGCGGCAGGGACAGCGACGAAAUGGAAAUUCGCUGGGGUCCUGUCCUUCCUCGACCCCUUUGUCACCCCGAGGGAGACCAGCAGCAACUUACUUCGGGGGGCAGAGGAGGUAGAGGAGGACGGGGAUCCAGAUACACUAUCAGGGGCAGGAGAAGAUGAGGAGCUUGAGGAGGCAGCAGCAGGGCCAUCGCACAUAGCAGACCAGCCCAGCAGUGACUCAGAGGACGCUGCUCCUGCUCCUGCUCCUGCCCCUGCUCCUGCUCCUGCUCCUGCUCCUGCCCCUGUCCCUGCCGCUGGCCCUUCCCGUGUACCUGUCCCUGAGGCUGGCCCUGCCCCAAGACCACAGAGUGGGACGAAGAGGAAGAGAGCCAGGGUACCGGAGGGGAACCCCAAUAUACAAACAGCCAUCCUCCAGGCCCUGCAGAGGCAAAACGCUGUGCCUCCCCCUACCCCGCUCUCUGGAAAUGAGCACUUUGUAAUGGGCCUAGUUCCUUCCCUGGAGAGAAUGCCACCUGAAUUACUGGAGUACAUCAAAUUCCAAAUUCGAAAGGUCAUAUUUGACAAUUCUAUAUAA